AUCAAAGUUGAAAACGCUUAGGCAAGUCCACAGUGCAGCAACGCCGUUAACAGACAAGUCAUUACCGUUACAAUUAGGUAAAUAUGACGAACCGAUACACAGAAGGUGAGCAAAGUUUGAUUUUGAAGUUGAUUCAGUACUUCCAAGGGGAAAAAGAAGCAGGCAAAACUUUAACACCCGUAAGCGCAGUAUAUGAUAGGGUUUGUGCUGCCCUGGGUGUAUCGUUGUGGACUGUAAAAAGAAUUAGUACAAGAGGUGUUAAAAAAGAUGACGAUUACAAAUCGCAAAAAAGUGUGGCUAUUAGUUUAUCUCACGGACCUUCGCUGCAUGAAAUACAUGAACAUGUAAUAAGGACACGGAUUUAUGCAAUGUAUGCGACAGGUGAGAAUGUUACACUCCGUUCUUUACACAGUAAUCUUCAACGACUUGAUGGCGUAGAAAUAUCUGCUACCUCUUUAUCCCGCAGUUUGAGGAAACUGAAAUUCACGUGGCGGAGAUGCACCGUUUCUAAUAGAUUAUUUUUAAUGGAACAGCUCUAUGUAGCUCAAAGAAGACUACAAUUUUUGAGAGACUUUAAACACAACGAAACUUCACUCUUUCCAUUACGAUCACCUGUGGUUUUAGACGAAACCUGGAUAUACAGUAAAGGGUCUUUUAGAAGAAGCUGGCAAGAUGGUACUCUCAAAACAGUUAGAAAAAAAAGUGGUGAAGGGGUCAGGUAUAUAAUACUCGAUGCAGGAUCAGAAGAUGGAUUUGUACCAAACGCAAGUCUAAUUUUUAAAUCUGGUAGCAAGUCCGGAGACUAUCAUGACUCCAUGAAUUGCCUUAACUUUGAGAUGUGGUUUGAACAACAAUUGAUCCCGAACUUGGAUGAACCUUCUCUUAUAAUUAUGGACAACGCUUCUUACCAUUCAGGAUUGGUAGAAAAAAGUCCAAAUCAAUGCUGGACAAAAAUGUCACUUAUAAAGUGGCUAACAUCACGAGACAUUACAUUUGCACCAUUGAGUUAGAAAACUAAUGGAGGGAAUAUAAU